AUCGAGUGCCGGCGCCUCGGGCCGGUAUCGGCGGGCUCGAAGCUUCCACUGUGGCCGGCUCGGGGCUGGCGGCAGCGGCCGGGGCACGUGGGGCUGUCCGCGGUGAGCCAUGGCUUGGAGUGUCCGCCCGGUGGUAACCAGCUGGAAACAGCUCCUCGGUGUGAAGCUGCUGCCGAGCGCUGCGAGGGAGGUGGUUUGAAGCGAAAGAGGGAGACGAGGCUGGAGAGAAGGAGGAAAUUUUCACACCGAGGUGGGGACUGCCUGGCCCAGGCUGCCCAGUGAGGUGGGAGCUGCCCCGUGGCUGGCACCAUUGCAGGUUUCCAGAACCGGAGGAGCACUUCCUAACACCAGUGACCUACCGAGGCAACCUUCAAGCUGAGGAUGGAGCUGUGGAGCUGGCAAGACCCCUACCUGCGGGAGGUGGUGUGGUUCGCACUGUGCUGCAGAGCUGCGACCCUCCUGCUGCAGGCUCUGUUUAACCUCCUGAUCCCCGAUCACGCCGCCGACGCCUUCUCCCCGCCUCGGCUGUCGGAGGCCGGCCCGUGGGACGCGGUGGUGGAGCGGCUGCUGGGGGGUCUGUCGCGCUGGGACGCGGAGCACUUCCUCUUCAUCGCGGAGCGCGGGUACCUGUACGAGCACAACUGCGCCUUCCUGCCGCUCUACCCCCUCAGCCUGCGCGCCGCGGCCGCGGGGCUGCUGUGGCCCUUGGGCCGCCUGCUGCGGGCUCGCAGCCGCCUGCUGCUGGCCGCGGCGGGGCUCAGCUCGCUCUGCUCCGUGCUGGCCGCCGCUGCGCUCUACGGGCUGGGCCGCGCCGUGCUGCGGAGCCGCCCGGUGGCUUUCCUGGCCGCGCUGCUCUUCUCGCUCAGCCCUGCCAGCGUCUUCCUGGCCGCUGCCUACUCGGAGAGCAUGUUCGCCUGCCUGGCGUUCGGCGCCAUGUGGCAGCUGGAGCGGGGGCAGAGCUGGCUCAGCGGGCUGCUCUUCUGCCUGGCCUCGGGGGUGCGUGCCAACGGGCUCCUCAACGCCGGCUUCCUGCUCUACUCCCGCGGCAAGCGCUUUGCCCUCCGGCUCCAGGCGGCUCCGGGGUCUGUCGGGAAGCUCCCUCCACUGUGGAAGCAGCUCCUCAGCCUGGCGUCCUCGGCGGUUCUGGUGUGUGCUGGCGUUUUCCUGCCUUUUGCUCUGUUCCAGUUUUAUGCCUACCUGAGGUUCUGUGAGCCUGGCACCGGCCCGGAGCCCAGCGUGCCCCAGCCGCUGCUGCAGCUGGCUCGGGACAGAGGCUAUCGCCUGGCAGCCAUGGACGGGGUGAAGCCUCCUUGGUGCUCCCAGCGCUUCCCUCUGGUCUAUUCCUACAUCCAGGACUCCUACUGGGACGUGGGCUUUCUGAGGUAUUUCAAGCUCAGGCAGAUACCCAACUUCUUGCUUGCUUUGCCUGUCACCCUCCUGGGCUCGUGGGCUGCCUGGACCUACGUCACUGCAAACCCUCGGCACUGCCUGACUCUUGGUCUAGAGAGAAGAAAGAGUGAAGAAGGCAAGCCCAGAGCUGGGUUUUGCAGCCCUGCUCUCUUCGUCUACGUGGUCCACGCCACGGCGCUGCUGGUGUUUGGGUUCUUCUGCAUGCACGUGCAGGUGCUGACCCGGUUCCUUGGCUCCUCCUCUCCCAUCCUCUACUGGUUCUCUGCUCACCUGCUUCAGGAACACGAACCCUUGCUCCGGAGUGAAGGGACUGGCGAUCAAACCGUGGCACCUCACACUGAGAAGUCUCUUCUAGCUUCACCUGAUGGGUCCCGUUGCAGAGGGACACCUGAAAACCCCCUGGUGAGGCUGCUGCUGAACUAUAGGUUAAUCACCCCCCUCAGCAAAUGCCUCCUUGGAUUCUUCCUGUCCUAUUGGCUACUGGGACUGAUGCUGCACUGCAACUUCUGGCCGUGGACGUAGCAAGGGGACACAUGAGUGCAGAUGGGCAGUGGGGCAGAAGCACUCUCAGAACCAAACCUUUGUGUAGAAGCCUGACAUGAUGCAGUGGUGCUGCCCAGGGCAGUGCUGGAGUCCCCAUCCCCGGGGGGGCGGUUCGAAGCCGUGGAGAUGUGGUGCUGAGGGCCGUGGUUCGGAGGUGACCUGGCAGUGCUUGGGUAAGGGCUGGGUGAAUUUAAAGGUCUCUUUUCACCAGCAGGA